CUUCGAAGGACAGGCGCGAUAUGACGAAACGCUAUCGGCAACUCUCUCUUAUGAUCCGCGCUACACACAUACCCCGCGAUGUGACUCAGUAUCAUAACCACAUCGCUGGAACGUCUCAAUGAAGUCGCUUGGAUACAGGCGGAACUCGUCAAACUCCUGUCUUCAAAUCGGCAAAGAUUAGACGUAAUCUGAAAUAAAAGCCCUCAUCGGAACUUUGCAACCCAAUCCGAUUUCUUUUUCUCUCCGGUGGGUGAAACCCAAGCGCACCAUGAGCGUGCAGAGCCCCAGAACUGGCCCGUGUAAGAGUGACACGGACCCCGGGGUGGCACCGGGUCCGGGGCCAGGGAGCGACGACUCUACCUUGACCCAGACGCCCACAACCGGUGGGGAUACUACCUCGGGUGCCGCGGCAGACUGCAGCAUGGCCACCGAUAGCGGAGGAGGGGAGGACUCUCCCAGCGACUACAACAAGCGGAAGUACCACGCCAGCAAAAUGGAUCUGAAUCUCAAGAUUCUGCGAGAUCAAAUGGCGAAUCUCACGUCUUCCGGUAGCUCUCUAUCCCGCCAGCUGGCCUCCGUGCAGCGCAACAUUCAAGAGAUCAAAGAUGACGACGACGACGGUGAAGAAGCCGACUCAGAGUAUGAAUCUGAGGACGAGCAGAAAAUUGGCAGCACCAGGGACGCUUUGGACACAGAGGAUGACGUCAACAAGAUGAGCGACCUGGAAAAAGACUACAGCGAGCCCAAAAUCAAAAGGUCAGUGUCCACCUCCAGCCGAAGUAAGAAAUCCAAGACGGCUGCGCGGGACCCUAACCCCAACGAGGUUGGGCAUGAUGGCAGCCAGGCACGACAUGGCAGGUCCAACAGCCGCCAGGAGUCCGUCGAGUCGUAUCAAGACUCUGAUAGCGAGUGCAGCCAAUGUCUGUGCUGUAACUCCAUGGCCUCAUACAGCAGCACUCCCUGGAGGUAUAUCAGCCGAGGAGAAGGGUCCACCAUGGACGAGGACAGCGACAGCUCCGAGUACUUCACAGACGAUUCUGAGUACUCCACCACGACCUCCAACAUGCCCGCCGUAGAUAUCCACAAACGUCUCAGCCCUUUUUAUUGCCCGAGCGACCAUGGGGAAUCGGGCUCGCACGGUGCCAACGAGGAGGGGAGAUUUGAUGAUGCCGAUCAAGAGCAGGUUGUGGAUCAUCGAAUGAGCCCACUGGGUUGCGAAAGUCCUCGCAAAUGUAGCUCGCAACCAGAACUGUCUAGCAUGGCCGGCAAAUCUGAUAAAAUGGCUGUUGAAACCGACAAGCCUCAAUCUGAAGAGAAAGCAGGCGAGACAGUGGAGACCCAGGAGGGGGAGGAAAAGGCACCCAAAGCAUCCUCCCUGAUAGGGAUUUUCAAGGCGCAGGAGUCGAAGGCUAAGCAGGAGGAGAUGGCAUCCGUGGCCAAGGCCAAACGUGUUGAGGAGCUUCGCCGCAAGAACUCUGACAUCCGUCUCAAGAAUGAGCAGAAACGGAGAGCCGAGAUGGAAGAAAAGCUGAAGAAUAAACCUAACGUGGACACGGACUCGCCAAAAUCAUCUCCUCUCGUUUCUGAGAUUGAGGACGGUGAAAAGGUGAACAUUAAAGACAGAAUUAGCUGUUUCGAAGGUCAAAAGAAAACCAAAGAUGAAGAGGACACCGAUAAGGAUGGACUGAAGAACUCUAAAAAGUCACCGAAUGUCGAAAAAGGGACUAAUACGGAACAAGAUUCCAUGCAGCAAAUGCCCGACGUGAUACCGGGUGUCACAGAUGAAAAACUGAGUCAAGAGGAACCUACAAAAACCCAAGGUGAUCACGACCAACACAAGUCUCAUAAAUCUAAGCACAAGAUUGCCAAAACUACAAUUGAGAUCCCUGUAUCUUGCCUACCUGAGGAAAUAAUUCAUCCAGAGCCUGGGAUGCCUUCUGACCAUCCGACCAUGAUGACCUUCCAGGUACAGCCGGGAGAUGUUGAAGCUAUGAGUGGCCCUAUCCUUGUAUCCCGAAGUCCUAAGCCGAAGAGAAGGAUGUCUAAGACUAUUGUUAGGUUAUCGUCAACUGAUGCCUCUCCGUCCAGCAUGUCCGAGUCGACAUUAGUAGCGGACACCGACAAGGUCCGUAUGGGUGCCAAAAAGCCGUCCGGUCAUUCUCACAGCGUCUGCCCCCACUGCCAGAAGAAGAAUAAACCAGGAGAGUCCAAGAGAGUCGUGAAAGUCCUCCAACUCCAGCCGGUACCGGAGAGUCCUCAGUUGUCGCCAGUGUCCACCAUGGUUGGGGAUUCUGCGCAUGUCUUCCAGCAGCCAGGUGGUCGCAUCAUCAAGAUGAUACCGAGUAAGACACCCAAUGUGGUCCAGAGGCAGGAGUCCAGCAAGGACGGGGUUGUCUUCCGAUUCAACAUGGGGAUGCCGGAGAAUGCGCCUCUACAAGUCGGUGAUUACAUCCGCAUCCCGAUACAACCUCAGCAGCAAUACCCACCAACGCAGGUCCGGCACGUCCAGCAAGGUAGCAGCGGAGGUCUGGUCAUCCGCACAGAAGGGCAGCCCAGACGGCAAAGGGAGGUGAUCACCUUCCGUCAGUCUUCUUCCCGGCCCAGUGCCGGUAAUAUCAGAGUCCAGCAGAGACAGAGUCCCACGUCAGGCGUGACAGUCCACACAAGCCAGCCCGGAGUCAGGGUGAUGCCUAGCGAAGGGGGAGGCGUGAAGCUUGUGUUUGGCUCUUGACUGUCAUCGAGAUGAUCGAACAAUACUGUUCUCUGAUGGUGAACGUCCUAUGGGCUUGAAAAGGCUACAAAUUGGUCAGUAGUCGUGUUCUCUCCGUAAACAAUAUUCAUGUGAAAGUAAACUUACUGUUCGAGAAAGGAACACAAUGCGUGCAUUGUCAGCAGCGAGGUAUUUCAGCCACAGACGUUGUGUCCACAUUCUAAAUCAUUUUGAACUUAAAAGAAGCACAAAAGCAAUUAUAUAAAAUGGUGGGUCAGUGAAGACCCAUUAAGGGCCUGAGGGACGAGGUGAUUCAUAGCCAUGCAAGGCUGUCGGGGACGUUUGUUACUAACCAACUAACCAACGAACCCUUACUAACGGAGAGACACGACCAUUUGUUGAGCUGCUCAGCCGCAGCUAAAAACCUUGAAGGAUAUUUAAUCAGAUGAUGUUAUGUUAGACAGAAUAUAAACGCACACUGAGCUUUCAACUGAACAGUGGUUGUCCAGAAACACCAUCACGAGUUGAACGAUACCACGCGCAUGUGCCGAACCCGAGACAACUUGUAGUCGAGUUUAAUUUAGUGAAGCUCAUGAAUAUCAUGACUUGCGGUAAUAUUCUCAUCGAUCGUAAACGAAAGAGAAGAAAUCUAGUUUUCGCAAGAGAUUUUUGUAAAUUUGUGUAAAUAAGGUGAAGAGUGUCUUUCAAGUUUGAAUUUGGGAAAAAAAGAAUUCCACGGUUUUGGUAUGAAUAAUGUUCGCAAUUCGCAGUAGUUAUAGUCAGCUUGGUAAGUUCGGUAGAAUAGUGCAGGUUUUUUUUCAAGUAAAAUAUUUCUUGCUUUUGGAAGACGUUGGCCAAUGAAAUGCCAUCAGGCUAGAACCCUCCUCGAAGGAUAUAAAUAACCCAUGGGAUGUGUUCGCGUAUCGUGUGCCAUAAAUUAGAGGUCAUACAUUGCAAAUAAAAAUAAGUGAAAAAGUAACACGUAGUUGCUUUUUAUACAUUUCUGACGGAUAUAUGAUGCAGAUUAAAGGCCGGUGUAGCGUAAAUAUCUGACUCCAUGAAAUGUGGAAUCAUUGGUAGUAUUGCGCAUGCGUAAGUACGAGAAUAUGCUAUUUUUGGAUCACAUACGGGAGAGUGACCUGUCACGUAGGAGGGAUUAACCAAUAAUAGGGAAAAGGGGUCCGAUUUUCACAGGAGUCAGAUUUUCAUAUGACACCGGCUCAUACUUCAUGCGAACGCGAACGCGAUGCGAAUUUGACGUUAGGAAGCAUUCGCUGCGAAAUUCGCCUGAGUUGAAAUGUGUUCAACUCUUGCAAAUUCGCAGCGCGAAAAGUUAACCUGACGUCACAAAUUCGCGUUCGCUUUCGUGCCGAUUAUGAACCAGCCUCAUCUCUACGUCCACAGUUUUCUUAUUCUCAAACGCUCAUUCAGUGGACAAAGCAAGAGUAAACGUUUGUUUUUAAAUACGUAAUUAUGCCAACUGUUUUCACUCGGUCUUGUAACAGAUUUUGGUCUCAAAGCCAUUUUGUUUUUACAAAUCUACCAAAUCAGAUUUUAAUGCAGAAAACAAAAUCGUUCAGAGAUGAAGUUUAUUCUUGUACUGUUUCCUCACGACACCAUGAUCCACACGAUAUCAAUUUUCCUCGCUUGAGACAAUACAUGCGGUGACAUUUGGAAAGCUAAUGAUCACAUACCACAGCCGAAGUGCCUAUAGAUGCAUGUAGUUCCAUGAUAUGUGGACGUACGAACCCUUGCCUUAGCCGUAUGAGUGACGUGAUUGCGUGUCCACCUGGCAGGCCAGGUAGAGAGUUAAUGUCAGAUAUGACGUGUUAAUUUGUGUCGCAUUCCAGUGUGAGUGGGAAGGCAUUUACUUGUGGUUUCAAAAUCUGUGUUUAAGUUUCACAACAAAACAAUGGCACUAUGCAACUUCUGUAAUGUGUGUUCUUAAUCACAAAGGUCAGAUUGAAAUGUACUGAUAUUGUAAUUCGGUUUUUGAAGGUUGCUUUUCGAAAGUAUUUUUCAAUAUGCAUUUGGCAGAAAAAGUGUGCAGAGUUCAUUGUGUGUUUAUGUUAGUUAAAGCAUCAGGAAAUAUUCAGGACUUGUGCACACAGUUGCAAUGCUUCUUGCCUUAAACUUUUCUGGCUAAACACGUCACCAAUAGUACGGCAGAUAGGUGAUGGGAUUGUGCCUUUGAUGAUACAAGCAUGGUAUUUGGCACACAGUCAGAGUAUGUCAUGAGAUAGAUAUUUGGCUAUGUAGGCCAUUGCAGAUUUGCCCUUUGAAAAAAAAUAUAGGUAGAAUAACAAGCAAUGGCAGCCAUUUUGAACAUUUUGAAAAUUGCUUGUUGUAUGUCCCUAUAGCUAAAUAUCUUUCUCAUGACAUUCUGACUGUGAGCCAAAUGCCAUGCUUGUAUCAUCAAAGGCACAAUUCCCCUACAUAUUUCCCCUAUCUGCCCCACUACAAAGACUGACACUGAAUAUAUUUUGAUCAGUCUUAUUUGUGAGACAUCCUUGAAUAUUACUAUGAAAUUCUGGAAAGAAUGAUGCAACGUCAUUUUUUAAUUGACCGUCACUUUGUGAGGAUACCAGAGAGGAAGAAGAAACCAGUUGCCAUAUUUGCAUGAAACUUUUUGAAUAUUUUUAUAAGCUUAUUUGAUUGUUAAAAACGUUUUUCCGAAUAAUAUAUAAUACGUACAUUUAAAUACGUGUACGUAAAUAUAAAUACGUGUACGUUAAUAUAAACAUGUAUUUUUCAUCGGAUUGUUUCAUAUAUUUG